AUGGCGGGCUUAAUUGACCGCAGCCGUUCGCGCAGGGAACGGACGUUCGUGGGCAGUGAAUGCGCGGUCUGCGAAGAGCCACUGGAACAUACCUUGCGCGGAGAGAGAGUCCUCCAACUGUCCUGCACCCACGUCUCACACGAGGCCUGCUUUUACGAAUUCAUCCGUGAGUGUGAGGGCCAGUAUUGUCCAACAUGCGAUGCGCCAUUAGGGCUGGAUACCAGUCGCGGGGGAAAUGUACUGGACCUCGAGAAAUUGAGCAACAUUGUGCGCUCUGUCACCAGCGACGCUGCCACGCACCGAAGUGGCCUCACGACCCCCACACAAUGGGAAGCAAACUCGGGCACGGGUCGUCGACCCAGUGAUGCGGGAAGCCACGCAGCCAGUCACACCACAAGUCACGCAGUGAGCCAUUCGGGAAGUCGCCAGUAUGAGCGUCCUAGCCGAGACGCGUAUGUCCGAAGGGAUAGCCGGGACACCAGUUGCCACCGCGAACGCGUCGAACGUCUUACCUUGAACUCCCGCCAACAGCACUCGCGGAAUGGUAGCGCUGCUGGGUCAUCCGGAGAAUACAACGAAGCCCAACAGCAUACUGCGAAUGCUAGACGGCAUGACUACGACGUACAAGCAAUGGAGUCCGAUCUCAGCCCGCGUCCCGCUGUUGCGAAGAACCCAAUCCCGGCGCCCAUCGUGACAAUCCGCAGCGAGUUUCCCACGCUAAAUCGAUCCCGCCAACAGCAGUCCCUGACAUGUCUGAUAACGGUGGAAGUCCCUGAGGGCUGCUGGCAUCCCGAUGCCGAUGAUCUGCGCCAUAGUACGAACGGCGCAAGCCAGCCCCAGGACGAACCGUACGGCGCAAUGCGUUUUCCUUCCGUUCAGGAGUCCAAACAAGCUCCCUACGAAUCCCAGGAAACUCUCGACGAGAUCGCCGAGGAACUUCGGAAUAAAGUGGACAACUGGCACGGGCUCGAAUUCAAUCGGUUUGGAAAGCUUCGCUUACAUGGGAAUAUGAGCGUGGGAAAGGAUCGUGCUUCUUGGCAAGAUCUGGAAUGCUAUCUCUUCGGCGAGAUGCUCAUCUGUGUCAAAGAAAAGAAGACCGCACAACGCCGCCAGUAUGACGACGACGAACAACAGUCCAAACCGAAAGCAACCCGGUGUACAUUGAAGGGUUCGAUCUUGAUCAAGAAGCAUCUUAACAACAUGGAAGUUGCUCCAGACGAGCCUAUUCUUGCCCUGAACUUGUCCGUCAGCGAACUUCCUUGCUUCUACCUGCGCUUUCAGGACCGCACUCAGCUCGAUAUCUGGCGCCGUUCCCUCCUUGACCUGCAUCCGAUGGAUGGCAUGUCCCGAAAUGGCGAUUACGACCUCGACAACUCGGGCGCGGAGGAGGAUGACUACCGACACACCCAGAUCAAACGACAGGCGUCUUUGAACUCGUCCUACGGAGCGGCUCGGUCAAACAACACGGCUCUUACCGACUACACCAACAUCGGAGUGGAGAGCCCAGCCAAAUCUAUCCAUAUUCCACUCGACCUUGUGGUCGUGAUUCCGGUCUCAUCUUCCAUGCAGGGGUUGAAGAUCACUCUGCUCCGUGACGCCCUCAAGUUCCUCGUGCAAAGCCUUGGCCCCCGGGACCGUAUGGGUUUGGUGACAUUUGGCUCCAGCAGUGGAGGAGUUCCCGUGGUUGGGAUGACCACCAAGUCCUGGGGUGGAUGGCCCAAGAUUCUUGAAUCUAUCCGACCCGUUGGACAGAAGAGCCUCCGUGCGGAUGUCGUUGAAGGUGCCAACGUGGCCAUGGAUUUGCUUAUGCAACGGAAAUCGUCGAACCCUGUCUCUACAAUUCUUUUGAUCAGCGACUCGUCCACCUCCGAUCCGGAAAGUGUCGACUUUGUCGUGUCCAGGGCCGAAGCUGCCAAGGUAAACAUUCACUCCUUCGGUCUUGGAUUGACCCACAAGCCUGACACAAUGAUUGAACUCUCCACCCGCACCAAGGGCUCCUAUCUGUAUGUGAAGGACUGGAUGAUGCUCCGGGAGUGUGUUGGAGGUUGCCUGGGUGCGCUGCAGACCACCUCGCAUCAGAACGUCAAGCUCAAGCUUCGCCUGCCCGAAGGCUCCCCAGCCAAGUUUGUGAAGAUCAGCGGAGCCUUGCAUACCACGAAGCGGGCUACUGGCCGCGACGCGGAGGCAGCUCUCGGGGAUAUUCGAUUUGGGGAUAAGCGUGAUGUGCUGGUCCACUUGGUCAUCCCGCCCGACAAUUCGUCGGCAGAAGUCAUGCCCCAGGAUGCAUGGGAAAGUUUGGUGUCCGGGCUGGAGGCAUUGGGGGGUGGAUCUGACGGGGAUGACCAACGUGUCUCAAGCGUGGAGGAAGUACCUUUGAUCCAAGCCGAUCUUACCUACGGUGAUCUCCUGCGCGAUGGACACCUUACACACUCACCCCGACCGUCCCUUUUGGCGAUUACCAUGCUCCCACCAAACCCGAGAGCCAAGCCUGGCCGUCCAUCCAGCCCGGCCAUCCCUCCUCAUCCAUCGAUUGUGCAACGACGCAUGGAACUCUUGACGUCUGACAUGCUGACACGGGCUUUGACAUUGGUCUCUCGUGGUCAACAUGACCGCGCACAGCACCUUUUGACCGAAACGCGCAGUAUCCUGAAGGGCCUGGGCAAGGGCAGCCUUCCUCCCCUUCCUCCAGCUGCGAGGUCGACGGGCACCAGUGAUGCCGGAAGCAGAGGGGAUACCCCUGUGUCGUCUUCACCGAAGUCUUCUACAUUCGAUGGGCACUCGUCCACUGCUUCAGAUACAGCCACCAUCACGCCCGUGUCAGCAGUGGAUGGGCAGACCAUGACAGCGUUGGAUGCUGAUCUACAGUCGGCGCUGGAAUGGAUCAACCACCCGGCGGUAUUCUCUCGAGACUCGCGCAAGGCUGUGCUGCAAAGCAUUGGUGUCAUCUCGUCGCAGCGAGCAUAUACUUUCCGGUCGGCGUCCGAGGCACACUGGGCCCAGCGCAUCGCCGGAGUGCGGCGGCUGACGGAACGGUCCAAGGCAUGGCGCGAAACCGGCGACGAUGCAUUGACUGAAGAAUAA